CUUCUGUGUUUUGUUUCUUCACGAGCUCUCUCUCUCUCUCUCUCUCUCUCUCAAGCGUUUCACAGACUCUCCAGCUUCGCGAUCUCAAGGUCAAGAUGCCUGCUGAGAGUGCGACUGCGUCUGACCGUGAGGCUGAACCGUUUGUUGAGGUUGAUCCUACUGGACGAUUUGGUAGGUACAAUGAUCUGCUUGGCUGCGGUGCUGUGAAGAAGGUUUACAGGGCUUUUGAUCAGGAGGAAGGUAUAGAGGUGGCCUGGAAUCAGGUUAGGUUGAGGAAUUUCAGCGAGGAUCCGGUACUCAUCAAUCGGCUUCACUCGGAGGUUAAGCUGUUGCGGACAUUGAAGAACAAAUAUAUCAUUGUCUGUUACAGUGUUUGGAAGGAUGAUGAGCGUAACAUGUUGAAUUUUAUUACUGAGGUGUGCACAUCUGGAAACCUGAGGGAUUACAGGAAGAAGCAUCGCCAUGUUUCCAUUAAGGCCUUGAAGAAGUGGUCAAAGCAGGUGCUUGAGGGAUUGGAGUAUCUGCAUACCCAUGAUCCAUGCAUUAUUCACAGAGAUCUCAAUUGCAGUAACAUCUUCAUCAACGGAAACGUUGGCCAGGUGAAAAUCGGUGACCUGGGGUUGGCAGCAAUAGUAGGAAAGAGCCAUGCAGCACAUUCAAUUAUAGGGACACCAGAGUACAUGGCACCAGAGCUGUAUGAGGAAGACUACACUGAGAUGGUUGACAUAUACUCCUUUGGAAUGUGCUUGCUUGAGAUGGUGACAAUGGAGAUCCCAUACAGCGAAUGUGACAGUAUUGCCAAGAUAUACAAGAAGGUGACAACUGGAGUAAUGCCCCAAGCUUUGAACAAGGUGAUGGAUCCAGAAGUUAAGGCAUUCAUUGAAAAGUGCAUAGCCCAGCCAAGGGCAAGACCUUCAGCAUCUGAUCUUCUCAUGGACCCCUUCUUUUCUGAAGUCAACGAUGAAGAGACUGGGCUGACUGUUUGAUGGCUUUUUGAGUGAACUACAUGCUUAGAGGUAGCCAUUAACUUUAGUUUUUUCUUCUCUGACCAAUCUACUGAUUGAUGACUUUCAUAUGAAGAUUAUGCCUACAACUAUCCAUAACUCUCUCUCUCUCUCUCUUCUUGACAUGCCUCAGAAACCUAUUAUGUACAUAAAUAGUAGAAUGAAGUAAAAAUGACAGUACUGUCUAGUCCAAGUUCAUUUGUCAAUCCGUGUAAUUGGAUUCUUUUGUUAAUCAAUUUGACUGCUAGAUAAUAA